GCACGCCCCUGCCGCAGUUCGGCUCUGGGCUCUGUGGCGACGGCACCGCGGCGACCAUGUCUCUCAACACCGCCUUCCGCGUACUCCAUCAAGGUGAUGCAGCUGAUGCUCUGCUGCGUCUGCAUCGCGCUGGUGGUCUACACGAUCCCGGGCAACUUCUCCGAGUCGGUGCUACAAUACAUCACGUACGGCGGCUACAUCAUUAUCGUCAUCGGUGCCAUCGUCGGCCUGGCCACCAGGGACCCCAUACCAAAGAAAGUGGAGCUGGUGUUCCUGCUGACGGCGGUGGUGCUGCAAGUGGCGGCGGGCAGCUGCUGCAUCCACCACGCGCGCCGCCGCACCUCGUGGCCGGCGCACUACUCCAACGGGCGCGACGUCAGCUACGCGUGCGGCUCGCUCGCCAUCAUCAACGCCGGCUUCUUCCUGCUGGACGCUGUGCUCGCCGUCUUCGAGGACGAGGAGUACCGCGUCGCCUCGCAGCGCGGCUAGGCCGGCCCGCCGCACUCCGGAGCUUGCUUCACUACUCUAUCUUACGAAGCCAGUCAGCUUCUUGUCUCUUUGUCUCUUCUUUCCCGUGACAAUGACUGCAUCAGACAUUUGCAUGUUCCUUGAAGACCAGGCGUACAAGUACUCUGUAUCACAGUUGUGAACUGGACCGGAAAUCGAAUGCGAGGAAAUUUAUUGUUCGCGACAAAUCCGAGUUCUCUUCGUGGCACUUUCGCGACGUCAUAUUUACUUCGACAGAUCUUGCUUCGAUUUCCGAUCUGGUGUAGAAUAUAUUGUGCCAGCAACAGAAGAAAUUUCAAGGUGCUGAAGCUACCUCACUGAAUACUGCUGAGUAUUAAUGUGAAAAUAAAAAUCGUUGUUAUACGACGUUUUGAUUCAGUAAAAGUUUCAUGUUACUGGUCACUAAAAUUAUGUGUUCGCUUGUACACGUCAUUUCCUACCAAAUAAUUACUAGUGUAUUGUCAUUCCUUAUCACCUACUAACAACAGUAUUAUACUUCAUUUUUAAAAUAAAUUAAAUUUUGUUGUACUAUAAAAUAAACCUCGA